CUGCCGGCACUUGCCGUAGACGGGCCGGGCCGGGGAGGAGGAGGAGGGCGGCCAUGGACGCGGUGGGCGCGCUGCUGGAUGAGGUGGCGCUGGAGGGGCUGGAUGGCAUCACCGUGUCCACGCUGUGGUUCCGCCUCGACAGCCGCAUCCCCGCCUUCCCGCUGCUGCUCGACGCCGCCACCCGCCGCCUGCUGUGGAGCGGCCUGGCCGCCAGCGUCCACGUCCACUUCCACCUGCUGCCCGAACCCAGGCCGCCGCUCGUCUUCUAUGACAGAUACGAAGAAAUUGAUCCCGAGACAGGAAUUCAGGAGACCAGGAGGGAUCCCACACCCCGGGAAGAUAUCUAUCCCAUUUGCAUCAUUUCCGAUAACAAGGAUGGAAUUCAGGGUUCCUGUCAACAUUUUAACAAGCGAAAAACCAUAACAGCGCAGAUAAGGACUCAGCAGUAUGAACCAUGCUGUACGUUGGACGAAGCCACAGAAAGGUGGGGAGAAAGACUGGUCAUGGUUGCCUCGCAGAUGAUACGUCAUCGAGCUCUAAUUGGAUGGGAAAGUGAUCCAGAGAUAAGUCUGCCUGACUAUUCCUAUUGUAUAUUGGAGAGGUUGGGUAGAGCACGAUGGCAGGGAGAACUCCAGAGAGAUCUUCACAGUGGAGCCUUCAAAAUUGAUGCUCGUAAAAUGCAUUAUCACAGAAGAGUUCUUGACAGAAACCGCUUGAUUACUCUACAAUCCCACGUUAUUCGGCAGCCCAAUGGAAACCAGCAGUAUUCCAUUCUGCUACUGCUCAAACGCUUUCACGUUGAUAGGAGAAGUAAGUACGACAUUUUAAUGGAGAAAAUCUCCAAUAUCCUUGUGAAUCGGCCCAAUCAGCUGGAAGUCAUGUUAACCCUUAGAGAUGAGCUGAAUCUUUGUGAGAGAACUUUCAAAAAACUUUAUCAAUAUAUGGUGACAGCUGGUAUUGCCAAAGUGAUUUCUGUUCCCCUUAAAGAACUGCAUCCUGAGGGUGGACCUUGUGUGACAAAAAAAGGAACUGAGAUUAUUGUUCGUUGCCUGAAAUUAAUAAAGCCAUAUGGGAAAAAAAUAGAUGAUGACGACGAUAUUGAUGAAGAGGAAAGUAAGGGAGUGGAAACAAUGGACGUUGUGUAUGAACGAGACAUGCUUACUCAGGCUUACGAACUAAUUGAGAGAAGAGGCACAAAAGGGAUUUCGCAGACUGAAAUCAGACUGGCGCUGAAUGUUGGGAAACUUGAAGGCAGAAUGCUGUGUCGCCUCUUGGAAAGAUACAAAGUCAUUACGGGAUUCAUGGAAGAUGAAGGUCGCCAGCGCACAACAAAAUAUGUAGCAAAGACGUUUGUGAAGCAGAGCGAGCUGAGCAAGCAAUUUGAAAAGGAAAAGGCUCGAAAUGAGCGGUUGGCAACAACUAACCUCCUGCCGCUUGAUGCUGGUGAAUCCCACUGUGUUAGUCAGCACGCACAAACUUCCCCGAAGAACUUACCGGAAGAUAUGGGCAAAAGUGUGGCAAGCAGCUCAUCAGAGGGGUUAUCAAAGUCAAAUCGUAAUAAAAAGGAUUCUUCAGCAGUAACCUCUGUGCAAAUUAAACCACCUUCUCCCUUGGAGAACAAAGAAAAAAUAUGUGCCAGCUCGCAGAAAAUAACUAAAGGAAAGAAAUUAUUUAAAAAUACAUUAUUAAGAAAAUUAAAAUUGAAAAAAGGUCCCAAAUCCAAAUUGGGCAAAGGUAAGAAAUCAUCUAGUAAACGCAAAGCAGCUGUUAGAAAAAGCCAUCCUGAACAAACAGGCGGGAGUGCAGAUGUGUUAACCAGACAGUUGCAAGCGGAUGUUCAAUUAGAACCCACCCAAGCCCAUUCAAGUCUUAACUCUUCUAUAGAGUCUGAACAUGAUCAGAGUGAAGAGAAUGUUUUAAUCGAAGAGAUAAAAAUUGAAAAAGCAAAGGAGAAGGGCCAUGGAAGGAAGAGGAGACCAUGCAAAAAUAUUUACUUGAAGAGACCUCACGAAACGUUUCGAUUGCUAAAACGACAAAACUUGAUAAUCGAAGCUGUGCGGAAUUUGAAACUGAUUGAAAGCCUAUUUACGCUACAGAAAAUGAUAAUGGAAGAGGAGAAGCAAGAUGGUGUGGUCACCAGAUGCUGUAAGAAAUCCAUAGUAAGAAUGGUUCAGAAGCUGGCUCAGGAAGGACUACUUCGACUCUUCCGGACCACUGUGAUACAGGAUGGCAUCAGCAAGAAGGUGGAGUUUGUUGCUCAUCCUUCUGUGCUUCCCAACGAUCCACUGGUAAAAAGUGCCAUUGAGCAAGUUCGAUUUAGGAUCUCCAGUUCUUAUACUGUUCAUCGAAUGAAAUCAAUGCAAGUCCAGGCUCAGAAAGAAAAACAAAAGCAGGCAAAGGAAAGCAGUUCAGUGACUGCGUUGAGUGAAAUGGAACCAAACAAAAAUGCAGAAGUGACCAACAAAUCUUCUACAACCAAAACAGAUGUGAAAAUGGGUGUCACUCCCCUGAAGAAUUAUCAUCCCUUAAUAGUUCCUGGGCUGGGUCGCUCGCAUGGGUUCCUUCCGAAGAUGCCACGGCUACGCCUAGUCCACAUGUUCUUGUGGUACCUCAUUUAUGGUCACCCUCUCCAAAAAACGCCAAAGGAUUCGUCCACGUCGGUACCUGCUGCACCAAACAGUGAUAAAAGAGAGGACUCGUCUUCAGAAGCCCCUGGGGAUGCUGUUGCAUCUACGUCCAAUUACACCGCAGAUGCUGUAGUAGAAGUGAACAAUCCAACUGCCAGUGGAGAGCCAGUGGAAACCUCCAGUGCUAUUGAAAUUGAUGACGGACACCAGUGGGAGGAAGAACUUGACCACUUGUGUUUGAAAGAGACUGUUUACGUGGAUGAGGCGUCGUGGAAGAGAUUUAUCCCUCCUCUGCCCAUUCACAGAGAAUUUGGAUAUGGUUGGGGUCUCAUUAGUGACAUACUGCUCUGUAUUCCGCUUUCUAUCUUUGUUCAGAUAGUACAAGUCAGCCACAAGGUUGAAAAUCUGGAAGACUUUUUAAAUGAUCCUGUCUUGAAACACACUUUGAUCAGGAGCCUGCCACAACCAAUGAGGCAGCAGCUUCUUUAUAAGCGGCGAUACAUAUUUUCCUUCUUUGAGAGCCUGCAACGUCUUUGUUACAUGGGGUUGUUGCAGUUCGGUCCAACUGAAAAAUUUCAAGAGAAAGAUCAGAUUUUCAUUUAUCUAAAAAAGAAUGCCAUGAUUGUUGACACGACGAGCUGUGAUCCUCACUAUAAUUUGGCCAGAAGCAGCAGGCCAUUUGAUAAUCGUUGCUAUGCCCUCAAUAGUAUGCAAGAGGUAGAAAGCUUCUGGUUCGAUCUCAUGUGUGUCUGCCUGAAUACACCACUGGGAGUUAUACGGGUUCCUCGCUUAAAUAAAAGUGGCCAUUCAGCUCCUGAAGGAACACCUGAAGUGUCUGUGCUUCACUCAGAGCUGGAACAGGAUACAGCUGCUAAGAACACCGUGGAGAACAAGUGUUCCCUGCUGGAAUAUGCAACGGGUAGUCGGAAGUUGAUGGAAGAUGGGAAACUUCCGGGUGAUGGUCUUGGAGCAGCAGGGCUUGAUUCGAGUUUCUUUGGCCAUCUAAAAAGAAACUGGAUCUGGACCAGUUAUAUUUUGAGCAAUGCUAAAAAGACCCUCAACAUGUCUGAGAGCAGCACAAUGCGAUUACAAAGUUUCCUUAACAAGCAUUCUCUUCCUCUUGGAGUUGCAGGAAAUAAAUUCAAGAUGUUAGGGAUGCUCAGAUCUAUGCACGGAUCUCUUGCCAAGGAUAAAGAAGAAAUCCGAAUUGAAAAAGAAAGCAACGUUGGCAGAAACAAGCGGGUCGCUGGUGGAAAAGGACAGAAAAGAAAACGACUGGAAAAGGAGAGUGGGAAAAAAACAAGAAAAAAGAAAAAGAAAGAGGAAGCACCAGCACAGGGGAAUGUUAAGAGACGCUUCACAGACGAUGCUGAUAGGAGUGCACUGCGUCGUAUGACCAAACUUCGUGUAACAUGGACUGCCCAGGAAGACAGUCUUCUUAUGCUCUGCCGAGUAGCCAGCCACGUUCUUAACAAAAAGGUGAAAGGACCUUUUGUCCCUUGGCAAACGGUCAGAGAUGUCUUGCAUGAUUAUUUUGAAGAGGCUUUGGAUAAAACGUCUCUUGCUGUGGGCCGUCGAUCACGUUAUAUCCUCAAGAAUCCCCAGACGAUGCUUAAUUACAGAAUUUGUCUUGCUGAAGUCUAUGAAGACCAUGCCCUAAUAGAUGAAGUCAUGAAUAAAAAGGACAACUACCAAGACAGCAAGGUUUGUACAGAAGAGUUCAAGGAAUUUGUCAGAAAACUGAGAGAAAAAUUCAGAUCCACGAUAGGAUCUGGAAACAUUGAUAUUCCCGAUACACUGCAGGAAUUGUUUGUCAGAUUUAAAAUACUGGUCGUCGGGGAAGAAGGGAGUGAAGUCCAAAAGCAAGAUGUCAUAAAAAGCAUUGACGAUAUUCAUUAUUUGGUUCUGCAAAAUUUUAUUCAGAGCACCCUGGCUCUAUCUGAUACACAGAUGAAAUCAUGCCAGUCCUUUCAGACAUUCCAUCUUUAUAAGCAAUACAAGGAUGACAUCCUCGUGAAAGUGUUCCUCGAGUUCCAACAGCGGAGUUUGGUAAACCGUCGCAGAGUCAGUAAAGCAUUGGGGCCAAAGAAGAGCAGAGCGUUACCCUUUGCAUCAAUGUCCUAUCAGCUGUCACAGACUUACUACAGGAACUUCGUCUGGCGUUUUCCAAGUAAUAUAUGUUCUGAAUCGUACAAGUUUUUACAAAAGCUGAAGACUGCAGGAAUGGAGGACCUCCCCAACAUCUUCUCCUUCCAGGAUAAGGAUGCACCUGUUGAGACUGACAUGCUCACCUACCCUCUGGAUGGAAAUGGUGGCUGCUGUGUGGCCACAGUGUCUUUGUUUAUCCUCGGUCUGUUGUCUUUCCACGUCUCAAUCCCCGAGCAGAUCGUGGUUGUGGACAGUACGCUGGUAGACAAUGAAGUUAUAAAAAGGUUGGGGAAGGAAGGCUUGGAUGACGAUGAGGAAGAUGACAUGGAAGACGUUGGAAAUAAGCCCAAAUUUGAAGUGAAGGCUCCUCAGGCCUCGCAUACUAACUAUUUACUGAUGCGGGGGUAUUAUGCACCGGGCAUAGUGAGCACACGCAACCUUAAUCCAAAUGACAACAUUGUGGUAAACUCCUGUCGGGUGAGGCUAAAGGUCCGUUCAACGCCAGCGCAAGGAAGCUUGAGCACCCAUGAUGCAGAUCCAGCCACUUUGUUUGAGACAGCAUCAGGACCAGAUGCUCUUCCUCAGACAUUCACAAAGGUGCUGAAGCCCAACUCGUAUGAGUACGGAGGGGAGAAAGUUCAAAAGCGCUUUGUGGAUGAGCUCGGGUACAGUCCCGAGGAUCUGACUGCCGUGCAGGAAAUCUCCAGUGCGAUUGAAGCCUGUUCCACCUUUGGGAUGGAGACAACAAAACUAGUGCAACAAUUUCUUCAGUACGAGGAGGUGCUGAAUGCAAGGACCAAGUCAUUAAAGCAAUACCUGCAGGAUUUGAAAGUGUUGGACCAGAUCGUAGUAGUCGGCAGCUCAGCAGCACGGGUGGUGGCGAUAACGCAUGCUCACCCCUGGCUGCUUCAUCCAUUUCGUGUCUGGAAAAGUGGGGAGAAGUCUGUGUCUCUGAGUUCACCCGAGGGGGGGUCCAAAAGCAGCUCUGAAAUAAACCCUUCAGAAUCUGACACAAGAAACAUUCCGCCCUGUGAGCAAAGUGACACGCAUAAGAAGAGUAUAAAGUCUGGUUUUAGUUCAAUCGUUACAAAGGAGAGUGUUGAAGAGCACAGUUCGGAGUCCACAACUGCACAGGAUGUCUGUGUGAGUCGUGUGUGUACAGUGACUGCGAAUAGGAAAAGAACUAUUGAGGAGAUUGGCACUGGAAACAUUGACCGUGAGCGUCCUUGUAAAAGAUCUUGUCAGGGCAGUGACUCUUCUGAACUAAGGAGGGAUUCCUCGAAUGGGGACAAUCCAGACAGCACAUCAGAUGAAACAAGAAGCAAACUCUCCCAGCACCAGUUCCCUUCUACCUCUUCAUCAGGAGCUAAUCUUGUCAAAUACCCGGAUUUGCAGAGUGAGCCAGUAAGGCCAGGUUGUGAACAAGAUGGGAACAGAGAUGAAAGUUGUGAGGUGCUUAACUCUUCACUUGAUGUUAAAGGUCUGAGGGCCUCUUCCAAAAUGACUGCUGCGAAGGAUGGGGGACAACAAGGUUCCCAGUUGGUGCAAGAAGACGAUGCCCAAGCAGAGAGCACAGCAGGUGAGGGAAACACUGAAGCAAUACAUCCUGUACGUGGGCAGCUUCUCAAAGGCGAUAUAUCUGUGGUGAAUUCAGGGGAGGAUUUACAGCAUGGUGAAAAUCCUCCAAUGAACCUGAGGCAGGACAGAUCAGGACUUCAGGAGGAAGGGGAUUCAGUCAAGGAGAAUGUGAAGAUAGAAGGUAUCUUGCAAAGCGAAUCAGACAAAGAAUACGAGCAGAUUAGUUUCUUCUGCCAUCCCUGGAGAAUUGUUGAUGGGAGCCUGAAUAAACCUGUCUGUAAAGGAAUGAUAGAAGCUGUGCUGUACCACAUCAUGGCAAAACCUGGCAUCACAGAACAGAAACUAAUAAGCUACUACAGUGCUGUUCUGCAGCCUGUGAUUGUGAUGGAGUUAUUACAGGGUCUAGAAGCCGUUGGGUGCAUCCAGAAACGCUACUUAACCAAAAGCAAGCCGGUGUCCUUGUUUUCCACUCCAACAGUUGUUUCCGAGAUGCAGGAGCACAAGUUGUCUGAGCCCAACACUGUAUUUUAUGAGCCAACCAUCGACUGUGUGAUAAAACUCAGCAGAGUCUUUCCACACGAAUCAAACUGGAACAAGUGGAUACAGUAACGUUACAGUUUACCUUUGGUCUUCACAUGAGGAACCUCUCUGUAAGUGCUGUGACUGCUCCUGUACACAAGGUUUGCAAACUUGCGUGACUAUAUUUAUAGAACAGUUGAAGGUCCAUUUAAGAGGAAAUAACCCUGGAUUACUUGAGAAUGCAGAAAUAAAUCUUUUUACCAAA